AUGUUGUCCGUCCUUUUGAAUUGGUCAACUAUUACUCUCAUUCGAUUAAAGAGAUAUGGCUUUGACAAGCAUGUUAAAGUAGCUGCUGCUUUUGCUUCUGCUCCUAAUUUCUUUGUUGCCAAUAUCUCCUUGAUUCCUGCAACAAAGAUGCCUAACAACAAAUUGAUAUUCAUCGAUACCAGGGAUUAUCACAAGAACAGCAAACCAGACAAACCCUUAUUGCCCCUUCCGGCACCGAUUAGAAAAGACAUCAAGACCGGGCAUUAUGAAUCCAUUGUUGAUAUCAUACAUCCAGAGUCCUUGAAAGGCUUUCCUGUACGAAGACUAGCUCUUUACACAAAGAGGCCAGCAAUAGGCUUACCCACACUGAGGAUUAAACACGAUGGCAUUAAAUUGAAAAUACGAGUAACCACCAUAGGCGCACUUUCCCCCAUCAAAAACCCCACCACAUGUCGUUUAGUGGAAAGAUAUACGGAAAUUAUCAAAAAAACGUUUGACAAGACCAGCAGUGACAAUCAAAACUUUGAGUACCUGGUAGCUCCCCUAAGGGCCAGUUCUAAUGCACGCGCAACGGGAUCAAAUUGGAUUGACAGAAAAGAAAUGAAAAAGGCUUUGGAAAAUGGUAUGGAAGAAGGCAUGCCUUUGAAUAAGGCUAAAAUACACGAUGCUAUCUUGUUUCGUAAUGAUAACCAUGAUGCUUUAUUCUAUGUCCAACAAGGUUUAUCACAAACAAUGUCUCGUAUACUUGCUGCUGCUGUUACAAAUAAAGGUGAUCUAUUCACAAGUCUAUCCAACGAGAAUGUCACUGACCACAACGCCAUGUCUAUGCUAAUUUUACUUGACCCAGUGACUGUUCGCGCUUAUCCUGUAAGCGCAAGUGUGUACCAAGCAUUACAGGUACUCCCUGAAGUAAUCAAUCGUCUAAACAUGUUUUGGUCUGUCAAGGAUUUUAAAUCUAGAACAAAAAAGGCCAGCAAUUCCUUCAAGCCUCAAUGA